UGCUAGUUAAGUUUCACACGGUAAAACAACUGUAAUAUAUAAUUGUUCUAUACAUUAAUUAAUAAGGAAAUUGUAUUUAUUCGAGUGUACCUAAAAUACAAGGCAAGAUGCCUUGUUGUUUAUUUCGAAGUUGCAAAUCCCAAUCGUACGAUGUAACUAGCCCUGUUAAGCACACAUCGACGACUCCCCAAGUUAAUACAGUUACACCUACACCGUCACUACCUCUCGAAGUUGAACCCCCAAGUUCAACGGAGAGAAGAGUGGGCAUCAUUCCGAACAUUUCAUCCGCCGAAGUCGCAGUCGAAGUACAAAAGAAGAAACCAGAAGAUGUAGAAGUUAUAAAACAAGCAAUAGCCAAAAAUGAAUUUGUAAAUCAAAUUAUUACCGGAAAAAAAUUGGAUAAUGUGGUGGAUGCCAUGUACCUUGAAACUGUGGAAGCGAACAAAACCAUAAUGAAGAUUGGAGAUAACGGAGACAAAAUGUACAUCCUAAAUAAAGGACAAUUGAAAUUCAAAGGCAAAGACUUUGAGUUCGUCGAAAGCAAACAGAUUGUGUUCGGUGAACUGGCCAUCCUGUACAAGUCCGGCCGUUUGGCCACAGUCAAAGCCACGACAAAAUCGGAACUUUGGGUACUUGAAAGCUCGGUUUAUCACCAGAUUAUCAAAAGUUCGAAUAAAGCCGAGCACGAGGAAAGAAUUGAAUUUUUGAGACAAGUGCAUUCGUUGAAUUCAAUCGACGAUGAACUUUUGCACCAAGGUGCCGACCAUCUGGAAAGGGAAUUCUUCAAAACUGGCACUCCAAUCGUCAAACAGGGCGACCGUGGUGACAAGUUCUACAUUAUCAGCGCCGGAUCUGUUACCGUCUCCAAAGAUGGCCAAGGGGAGAUUUGCCAGAUGAAGAAAGGGCAAUCUUUCGGCGAGUUGGCGUUGCAAGGCGAGGAUUAUAGACAGGCGACGGUUACGGCCAAUUCACCUGGAGUUGAAUGUUUAACUUUGACCCGAGAACAUUUCCGCCUUUACUUCGUUCAGGCGGAAGGUCCACCAAAAGAAGAUCUCGGUACUUCUGCGGAGGAAUUCAGAAAUUUACAACUGGACGAUCUCAAAAUGGUGGCUACGUUGGGAAUUGGAGCUUUCGGAAGAGUCGAAUUGUGUAUAAAUAAGAAAAAUACGAAAGAAACAUUCGCCUUGAAGUACAUCAAGAAGCAGUACAUUGUUGAACAACAAUUGCAGGAACAUGUAUAUAACGAGAAGCUGUUACAAAUACCGUGCAGGUCCAUUUUUAUCGUGCGAUCGUAUCGCACUUUUAAGGAUAACAAAUACGUAUACUUUCUGAUGGAGCCUUGUUUGGGUGGUGACCUAUUUGCACUACUGCACAAACAGAAAAACAAACGUUUCCAAGAAAAAGAUGCAAAGUUCAUAGCUGGAUGUGUGUUGGAGGCUUUGGAUUAUCUACACUCGAGAAAAAUCAUUUACAGGGAUCUAAAACCAGAAAACUUAAUGAUCGACAAACAGGGCUAUAUAAAAUUGACUGAUUUCGGUUAUGCCAAAAAAAUGAGGGUGGGUAAGACUCAUACUUUUGCUGGUACCCCAGAAUACGUGGCGCCGGAAAUUCUCUUGGAGAAAGGUCACGACAAAGCUGUCGAUUAUUGGGCUUAUGGAGUGCUAGUUUAUGAAUUGCUAACAGGGAAAACACCCUUUGUAACCGAUGAUCAGAGUCACAUUAAAACUUACAACAAAAUACUAAGUGGUGUAGUUCAUUAUCCACCAUCAAUAGACAACAAAGCAAGAAACUUCAUUGAAAAAUUAUUAAAAUCUAUCGCCAAAGACAGAUUGGGCAUGCACAAAAAUGGUGCUGAUGACAUUAGGAAACAUAAUUGGUUUAACGGUUUUGAUUGGACGGAUCUGAAAAAUGGUAAAAUGCACUCUUCAUUUAAACCAAAACUGAAGAACGAUUUGGAUACCAGUGCAUUCGAAAAGUAUCCUAAAGAUAGGGACUUUCCUGACGUCGAAAUGUCCGGUUGGGACGAGAAAUUUUAAUUUAAAAUAAUGCUUUUAUAAGUAUAACUAAAUUUGAUAAAAUUAUACGUCAAUCUGUAUUUUAAUUUUAAUAAAUUUAUGAAGUGAA